AUGAAGACUUUGCUGAGGUCAUUAAGGAAUGUGAGAAAAGGCAAGCUUGAGGGCCCAAUUCAAAAGAAAGACAGUUGACAUCAGCGAAGAACAGCUAGGAAAAGAGAGCUGAAGAAGAGGGGAUAUAUCUAUAGGAAGAAGAGGGUUGUUCUACAGCUAACUGAAGCUCAUAAAGAGCAGAGAAUGUCCUGGGCUAGGUCUUUGAUUGACUCAGAUAUCGCUUCAUGGAUCUUCAGUGAUGAGUGCUAUGUGCAUCUCUUUCGUAACUCUAAUUUGUGCAAAGAAGGGAUAAACGCAACGAUUGAAGAGCCUAUCAAUUGAAAAACCUCAAUUAUGAUCUGGGGAGGAAUUUCUAUCGUUUUUGGCAAAAUGCUCUUCAUAAAGAAGGAGAAGUAUGCAAUCAAUGCCCAGGUCUAUAUCAGAGACAUUCUCCAGGGCUAUAUUGAGCCUUUAGAUGGAGACUACACCUUCGUUCAGGAUGGGGCAACAGCCCAUACUGCCAGGCAGACUAUGGAAUAUUGCAGAGAGAAAACGGAUUGAUGUGAAGACUCAAUCGCCGAAGAGCCCAGAUCUGGGCCAAUUUGAAGAGGAAAGUGGAGAAAAGAAGGCCUGACAGCAAAGCCAGACUAA